GGAGCCAUGAGGAGUCGACGGCUUUCUAAUCACGAUAAUAGGUGUUGGUGCUGCUUGCUCAGCCGCAUUACUCCGAGGCCGAGGCCGUCUUACACUAGACCGCCCAUCGGCACACAUAACACACACAAAGGAGUCUCUGGGCAACCGACUGGGUUACGCAAAACCCCCCAUCUUGGCCACUUCUGCACUGCGCGCUCUGGAGCCGGGAAUAUGGCAGGUCGGCCGUCUUGUACUGUGUAUUGAGGCGUGAUGGCGGGGAUGGAUGCUAUGUUGGCCGCCUUGACGUUGUAGCACAAUAGCUCACACACGCAACGGCGGGGUGCCGGAGGGAGGAGGAGGGCCUUUGUUGCAGCAGUAGCUGCACAGGGCACCCACCACACUUGACGUGGAUUAUUCAUUCAUUCUCACGGCAGCGAUUCAUCAUCCAUCCUCGCCCGUCGCCCAUCCUCAACUCACCACUCACCUCACAAACUCUCACACACCACCCCUUCUCAGUCACGGCAACCAUGUCUGUCCUCAUGUCAUAUUAGCCUCGGCCCGCGAGCCACGCAGCCGCCGCUCACACCCGACACCUCCUUGCACUUGCUCGUCCUCCUUCCCCGCCGGGCUUAUCGGUGUUAGACGCCCUCGCCCGCGCGUGGUGCUUCUCGUCUUUCUCCUCUUCCCCCGUCCGCCAUGUCGGAUCCCAAGCCGCCCUCGGGCCUCGACUCGGAGCUCGAGUCCUUUCGGCAGCAGUGGCUCUCCGACCUGCGCACCCGCAAGGCCGAUGCCCCUCCUCCUCCUCCUCCUCCUCCACCGGCCCAGGCACCUCCCGCCGCACCUGCCGGGCGGGCCCCCCACAGCCAGCACCCGAUACUGCCAUCGUCGUCAACGACUGCAAGCACAACAGCAUCUGCAGAGACAGCUCCAGCAUCGUCACGACGGGCGGCCGCCCCGUCGCCCACGCGCAGCAGGCGGCCCGCGCCACCGCAGCUCGACGCCGCCGACGGAGGAGAGGAUGACUACUUCCAGCCCCAGUCGUUCGACGACCUGCCAUCGACCACCGGCCACACCCUCGACGGGUCCGUACGGCCCUCACCGCAGGUGGCGACGGCGUCCGGGUCCCGUCUCGUAUCGGCCCUAGACCACUAUGAGGAGGCUAUGGAGAAGGAGGCCCAGGGCAGCAUGGGCGAUAGUCUCAAGCUGUACCGCCAGGCGUACCGGCUAGACCAUCGCGUCGACAAGCGGUAUCGCGAGAAGCACUUCCCCGCGUCGGUGCCAUCGUCGUCCUCCAAGCCCGCACCGGCAUUGACAUCGACAUCGGCAACGGCACCGUCUUCCGCCACCGCCGCCGCCGCCCAGCCGUCUCCCCAGCAGGCGCCGGCAGCGCAGGGCGAAGAGACGGCCGCCCAACCGCUCUCCACGCCCGACCUCAUCGCCUCCUUCGCAGCCCUCGCCAUCGAGCCGCUCCCGGCGCACGUCGACGGCGAUCUCCCUCCGCCCUGCCCCAUCGCCGCCCUCCCCUCGGAGCUCCUCGUCCUCAUCCUCGCCGACCUCGCCGCCGAAGACCCCGCCGCCCUGGCCACCUCGGCCGCCCUCGCCUGCAAGCGCUUCGCCUACCUCGCCGCCACCGAACAGCGCCUUUGGCGGCGCGUCGCCCUCGGCUCGCGCUGGGGCUUCGCCGGCAUGCACUACCGCUACGCCCGCACCGUCGACUGGGAGCCUGUCGAGGAGGACGACGUCGUGCUGAACCCGGACUGCCUGACCGAUGGAGAGCUUCUGGACGUCGAGGAGCGCGGCGCCUCCGGCGAGGCCUUGGUCAUCACCGCCGAGGAGCUGCGCCGCCGUCGCGCCCACGCCCAGCUCCUCCUCACCUCGUCGCUCGUCCCGUCGGCCGCGUACCCGUCCUGGCGGGACCUCUUCCGCGCGCGGCCGCGCAUCCGCUUCAACGGCUGCUACAUCAGCACCGUCAACUACAUCCGCACCGGCCAAAUGUCCACCAACCAGGCCACCUGGGGCGGCGCCCCCGUCCACAUCGUCACCUACUACCGCUACCUGCGCUUCUUCCGCGACGGCUCCUGCAUCAGCCUGACCACCACAGACGCGCCCCGCGACGUCGUCCAUCACCUCACGCGCGAUGCCCUACUCCAGCAGCGCGGGCGGCUCAAUCACCAUGCCCAUCAUCACCAUCACCACAGCCACAACCAAGCGCACGCGCUCCCCGCGACGGCGGCGGCUGCGGCGGCUGCCCCCAUCCUGAGCCACGCCCUCAAGGGCCGCUGGCGCCUGUCGGCCUCCUUGCGGCGAGACACCGCCGUCGGCCCCCACCAGCAUCACCGCCGGUCCUCCGCCGUCGACGCCGUCGCCGACCCCGGCACCGAUGCCGACGCCGAAUUCGAGGGCGACGUUUUCGUCGAGACCGAGGGCACCAGCGCCAAGUACACGUACAAGAUGGACCUCGCGCUUCGCAGCGCCGGCAAGGGCACGCGCAACAACAAGCUCGUCUGGCGUAGCUUCUGGAGCUACAACAAGCUGACCGACGACUGGGCCGAGUUUCAGCUCCGCAACGAUAAGCACUUUUUUUUCAGCCGCGUCCGGAGCUACGGCAUCGGCGAGUGACGACGCAUGUCAUGAUGAGCCAUUUCACGAUAGAAUAGAGCAUCGUCGCCGCACUCCCGUCAGGGCGGCAGCCGUCAUAUGCAGUCACCAUAUAGCAAGCAAAGUUGAUUCAAGCACAUCAUAACUUGCUCCACAUUAGACGUGUCGGCACCUGCCAUGUCAUCCAACCGCCGGCAUCAACUACAUGAUAAAGCUAUAGGGAAUCGGAGAGUCCAACCCCAAGUCGCGUCGCUAUGGCGCAGUAAAAGCCCA